AGGGUUAUCACAUAUUCUCUGAAUAAUCCCAUCACUGGCGGCGCCUACGAAAACAUAAGUCUAGGGCAAGGAGACAAAACUAAUUUUCAGUUAACGCUUUGGCUCCUCUAUGUGUGAUAAUGUCUGACCUUUCAGUGAAUUGGAAUUGUGUGUUUUCAUUGUUACCGUAUGAUUGUACUGGGAAGAUCUUGGCCUUAACAAGCCCUGUAGAUGUUUGCCGCGUGUCCCUCGUCUCUAAAUCACUUCAAUCCGCUGCUGAUUCCGAUUCUGUUUGGGAGAAAUUUCUGCCGUCUGAUUAUGAGUCCAUCAUUUCGGGAUCAGUGAAUCCCAUCCCUGAUUUUGCUUCAAAGAAGGAACUCUAUGUUUAUCUCUGCCAUAAUCCCAUCUUAAUCAAUGAAGGUCGCAAGUGUUUCUCGCUGGACAAAUGGAGUGGAAAGAAAUGUUACUUUCUAGGUGGAAGGAAUCUUAAUAUUUCAUGGGAUACACCAAAAUAUUUGAAAUGGAUUUCAUUACCUGAUUCCAGGUUCCCAGAGGUGGCUAAGCUGGACUAUGAUUGGUGUCUUGAUAUUCAGGGCACAAUAAGAGCUGGAGUUCUGUCACCUCGGACAUCCUAUGCAGCUUACUUUGUUUACAAGUUGAAAAAUGAAUCUGAGUUUCAUCUUCGACCAGUGAAUGUGUCAGUUGGAAUUUUUGGUGUUAAAUUGGAAACACGAUUAGCAUUUCUGGUGCCGGUGAAGGACAGACCUCAACAUCGUAAUCACAUUGAUGCAGAGGACGUGUCCGAGCCCAAGCCCAAGCCCGAGCAAUUGGAUGAUGAUUUUGAGGAAUCAAUUGCAGAGAAAUAUCGAAGGCUACUGGAUAGGUUGUGGCAGCAUAUCCCGGAGAAUGCUACUGGUUCCGUGCGAUCUAUUGUUCAACGCCCUAAGCUUAGAGAUGACGGCUGGUUAGAGGUAGAAUUGGGCGAGUUUUAUACUGAAAAUGAAGAAGAUUGCAUAGAAAUGAAUUUGAAUGAAGUGGACGACUGUGCAUUUCUAAAGAAAGGCCUUAUUAUUGAAGGAAUUGAGAUUAGGCCAAGAAUGGGUUAAUUAUCACUUCUUUUAUAAAAUAUUUUUUUUCCAUACAGCCACAUCUAUUCCUAAUAGAACAUGUUUCUAUUUGGAGCAGUCAUAUUUAUUUCAAGUAUGUUUUGGUGCUAUGGAGACUAAAUACAUGGUUGUUCUCCAGUUUGAACAUUUGUAAGCAUAAGAUGCAGAACUGUUUUUCAAGAAUCAUCCUUGUUCUACUCUUUUAAUUUCAAAGUUUUAAGU